AUGGACACCUCCUGCGAGAUCGUUGUCGUCGCGGAUCGUGAUUCUGAGCUUGCGCUCAAGGCAGUGGAAUUGAUCACCGGAGGCCAACAUGGAAAGGUUUCAGAGGGGCCAAACGGAAAGACAAUCCCAUGGAUAAUCACCAACAAAUACUACACAGCGGCAGUGCACUUCUUCAUCCCCCCUCCCAUUGGGGAGAACACAUUGGAUGUCGCUUUGCCAUCAGACUCGGUGACCAAACCCAUUACCGACGAUACACAUUGCCCUGCAGUUAUUUACGUCUUCAAGAAAGGCGAUCCAGCGGCUCGAGCGACUUUCUUGCAGGUAUUACCUGCAUGGAAGGCCCAAAACGCAGAAGUAAAUUUAGCUCUGGCCUUUGAAUCGGAAGAAAAGACAAUAGGGGUUUCAUUGCCGAACGCCGAAACCCCUCAGGGCAGGAGCGAUGAUUCAGAUACUGAUGAUUUCUUUGCGGACAAUGGGUUUGAAUAUGUUCUAGCACACGCAACUUCUGCAUCGCCCGAUGAUGAAGUGUCAAUACUAGGCAUCCCACGCCUCAUAGACGCACUCUCUUCUAUCAAAUGGCCAUCUCUCGUCCGCAAUGACCCUUCAAAAUCCAUUCGUGCUGCACCCAAUAACACCACCCUCACCGCUUCCCUUGAAAUAGCUGAGAACCCAUCGACUAUAGGUGGUAGCACAUCUCUCAAUGUGUCUACCGAGCACCUCUCCGACGAAGUUGUGUUGUCCUUAUUUGCUUCACGAAUUCACGGGGGUACUAUCGACGAGAAACAUAUCGAAGCUCUGGAAGAAUGGCUCGAAGAAGCUCCCACCCCCGAUCCCCAAGGGGAUUUCGAAGAGUCCCUUCCAGCAAUGAAGACCCCUAAAGCAUUCACUGAUGAUUUCGGUGAAUACUUCUCCGAUCCUACACCUCGCAACCUCCCGAAAGAUAUUUCACCAUUCGCCACCCCUGUUCCAAGGUCAUCCGAGCUGUCUAAGUCAUCUGGAGCCACGAAGGAAGGGGGAUAUUUCGUGGACGAUCAUCCCAAAGCGUGGGACCCCACCAAAAGGGAGAUCGAAUCCACCACACACCGUAUUUUUGGCGGAAGCACCAAUUCUUCCUCUUCUGACCUGCGCGACAUUGGAUUCGAUGGUUCGGAUGAUGAAGAUAUACGUUUUGAUUUAUCCCAGGUCUUUGCUCAGUUACAAGCUACGAAGGAAGAGAUAUCCCACAUAAAGGACCCUCAAGAAAAACGGAGGGCUGCAGCGAAGGCUGCAUUGGAGCUUGUCCAUGGCCUUGGUUUAGAGAGCGAACCGGAGAGUGACGCUGAUAGUGAAAGUGACAUCGGAGAACUCUUAGGACUGCGUUAA